AUGUCAAGUGCUUACGCUUUCAAGAGAUUCUGGUCUAGCCCGACUGGUCCAAAGACUGUUCACUUUUGGGCUCCCACUUUAAAAUGGGGUCUUGCAUUGGCUGGUCUCUCAGAUAUAAGUAGACCAGUGGAAAAUAUAUCCGGUGCACAAAACUUGUCUUUAAUUGCUACAUCCGCAAUUUGGACUCGUUGGUCUUUUGUUAUUAAACCACAGAAUUACUUAUUGGCUGCUGUUAAUUCUGCUAUCGGUUUGAUUUCUUCUUAUCAUUUACUAAGAAUUGUCGAUUACAGAAUACGGAAUGGUGAUACCGUUUCACAAGCAAUUAAUUACAUUAUCAAUGGCCCUUCUCAACGGGAAAAUCCUUUAAAUGAUAAUAAACAUACCAAUACUAUCUGA